AUCGCAGUUGUGGGAGGUGAGAGGUUUGAGAUGGUCUUGGGAGUCCUGCGAGUGACCUGUGGCGCAGGCGGGCUCGCAGCGUCCAGGAAAAGCCAGAAGCGCUAGGGAAAGAUAUAGGACUGCAGGUGCCAUGCAUCCUUUACAGUGUGUCCUUCAAGCACAGAGGUUGUCAGCGCCAUUGACUUCCAUGUGCUGGGUGUUGCUUAGGACCUGCAGGGCACAUAGUGUGUCCAGCACUUCCUGUCCUAGUCCAGAGGGGAGGAGCGCAGAGGGAGUUCAGAAGGAUUUCAGCUCCAGGCUAGCCACUGGACCAACUUUCCAGCAUUUUUUAAGAAGUGCUUCAGUUCCUCAAGAAAAACCAUCUUCUCCAGAAGUGGAGGACCCACCACCCUAUCUCUCAGCGGAUGAACUUCUAGGAAGGCAGAGAAAAGUCUACCUCGAGACCUAUGGCUGUCAGAUGAAUGUGAACGACACAGAGAUAGCCUGGUCCAUUUUACAGAAGAGCGGCUACUUGAGGACCAGCAACCUCCAGGAGGCUGAUGUGAUCCUUCUUGUCACGUGUUCUAUCAGGGAGAAGGCUGAGCAGACCAUCUGGAACCGUUUACAUCAGCUGAAAGUCCUGAAGACAAAGCGACCACGCUCCCGAGUACCUCUGAGAAUUGGGAUUCUAGGCUGCAUGGCUGAGAGACUGAAGGGAGAGCUCCUCAACAGGGAGAAAAUGGUUGAUCUCUUGGCUGGCCCAGAUGCCUAUCGAGACCUUCCCCGGCUGCUGGCUGUUGUGGAGUCAGGUCAGCAAGCAGCAAACGUGCUUCUCUCUCUGGAUGAAACCUAUGCGGAUAUCAUGCCAGUCCAGACGAGCCCCAGUGCCACCUCAGCCUUUGUAUCCAUUAUGCGGGGCUGCGACAACAUGUGCAGUUACUGUAUCGUUCCUUUCACUCGUGGCAGGGAGAGGAGUCGGCCGGUUGCCUCCAUUCUAGAUGAAGUGAGGAAGCUUUCUGACCAGGGGCUAAAAGAAGUGACACUUCUUGGUCAGAAUGUUAAUAGUUUUCGGGACAAUUCAGAAGUCCAGUUCAAUAAUGCAGGGUCUGCCAACCUCAGCCGUGGCUUUACCACCAACUAUAAACCCAAACAAGGAGGGCUUCGCUUUUCUCACCUUCUGGAUCACGUUUCAAGAAUAGAUCCUGAAAUGAGGAUCCGUUUCACCUCUCCUCACCCCAAGGAUUUUCCUGAUGAGGUUCUUCAGCUGAUUCGUGAGAGACACAACAUCUGUAAGCAGAUCCACCUGCCAGCCCAGAGUGGAAGCAACCGCGUACUGGAUGCCAUGCGGAGAGGAUACUCAAUAGAAGCAUAUGUGGCAUUAGUUCAUCAUAUCAGAGAGUCCAUACCAGGUGUGAGCCUCAGCAGUGACUUUAUCACUGGCUUCUGUGGAGAGACAGAGGACGAUCACCUGCAGACAGUGUCUUUACUUCGAGAGGUUCAGUACAAUACUGGUUUUCUCUUUGCAUACAGCAUGAGGCAAAAGACACGGGCAUAUCAUAGGCUGAAGGACGAUGUUCCAGAAGAAGUAAAAUUAAGGCGUUUGGAGGAACUUAUUACUGUCUUUAGAGAAGAAGCUUCAAAAGCCAAUAAGACCUCAGUGGGUUGUACCCAGCUGGUAUUGGUUGAAGGGUUCAGCAAACGUUCUACCACAGACCUGUGUGGCCGGAAUGAUGCAAACCUAAAGGUGAUUUUCCCUGAUACAGAUGUGGAGGAUAUAACUAACCCUGGGCUUAAAGUUAGAGCUCAACCUGGGGACUAUGUACUGGUGAAGAUCACAUCUGCCAGUUCUCAAACUCUCAAAGGACACAUUCUCUGCAAGACCACUAUGAAAGACUCACUAACGUAUUACUUGACUUGAGUUGGUGGCUUAGUAGUGGACUUGGGCAGUUUUUUCUCAUGCUCUGGAGACAAGGUAAUAAUCUUGAAGCAUCUUUGCACCAAAUGGAAGAGGACUUUUCUUUGUUGUCACUCAAACAACUGUUACAAUAAUAAACUUUAUAAAUUAA